AUGCCGAAGCGUUCGACUACGGAAGCCAUUUUCCUUGUAAGGAGAUUGGUGGAGUUGUAUAGGGAGAGAAAGAAGGACUUGCAGAUGGUGUACAUUGACCUAGAAAAACAAUACGACAAAGUCCCAAGGGAGGACCUAUGGAGUUGUUUGGAGGCUAGAGGAGUUCUUGUGGCUUACACUAUGGUGAUAAAGGACAUGUAUGAUGGGGCUGAAACGUGGGUGGGGACAAUGAGAGGAGACUCGGAAUACUUUCUAGUGACUGAGUUGCGUCGACUGUUACAGGGUCUCUACAGGGAUGCUAAGAAUAACGAGAUGCGCCUUGGAAUUUGUUCAAGAAGUAAUGAUGUGGUGGAACCUCUUAUAAAGCCCCAGUGGUUUGUCAACUGCAAAAGUAUGGCCAAACAGGCUCUGGAUGCUGUUACGGAUGAUGAUAACCGGAAAAUGGAGAUCAUCCCAAAGCAAUAUGUUGCUGAAUGGAAAAGAUGGCUUGAGAAUAUCCGUGAUUGGUGCAUCUCAAGGCAGCUUUGGUGGGGUCAUCGUAUUCCAGCUUGGUAUGUGACACUGCAUGAUGAUAAGCAGAAGGAAUAUGGUGUAUGCGACGAUCACUGGAUUGUCGCUAGAAACGAAGAAGAGGCUCGAGAUUUGGCUUGUAGGAAAUUUUCAGGGAAGGAGAUUGUUGGGCUCACUCAAGAUUCAGAUGUGCUGGAUACCUGGUUUUCUUCUGGUCUUUUUCCAUUAUCUGUAUUAGGGUGGCCAGAUGAUACUGCAGAUUUCAAAACAUUUUAUCCAACUUCGGUUCUUGAAACUGGACAUGAUAUUCUCUUCUUCUGGGUUGCACGUAUGGUGAUGUUGGGAAUAAAGCUGGGAGGUGAUGUGCCAUUUACGAAGGUUUAUUUGCAUCCAAUGAUCCGUGAUGCACAUGGGCGUAAGAUGUCCAAGUCAUUGGGAAAUGUUAUUGAUCCUCUUGAAGUUAUUAAUGGAAUUGAACUUGCUGGACUUCAUAAGAGAUUAAAGGAGGGUAACCUGGACGCCAAAGAAUUUGAGAGGGCAAAAGAGGGACAGGCAAAGGACUUUCCUAGUGGUAUUCCUGAAUGUGGUGCAGAUGCUCUUCGAUUUGCCCUAGUCUCAUACACUGCCCAGUCCGAUAAGAUCAAUCUGGAUAUUCAAAGAGUGGUUGGGUAUCGUCAAUGGUGUAACAAACUGUGGAAUGCCAUUAGGUUUGCCAUGAGUAAACUGGGUGAAGAUUACACCCCUCCAACAAAGAUAGUUCCUCGUGAAAUGCCUUUUAGCUGCCAAUGGAUACUCUCAGCACUUAACAAGGCCAUUGCGAAAACUGUCUCAUCCCUGGAAUCUUAUGAUUUCUCCGAUGCAGCAACAGCGGUAUAUUCGUGGUGGCAGUUCCAGUUGUGUGAUGUUUUCAUAGAAGUAAUCAAGCCAUACUUUGCCGGUGAUAAUCCUGAAUUUGUAUCUGCAAGAAGAUUUGCUCAAGACACCCUGUGGCUUUGUUUAGAUAACGGAUUGAGAUUACUCCAUCCAUUUAUGCCAUUUGUCACCGAAGAAUUAUGGCAGCGCCUUCCUGCUAGCGGGAAUUCUAUAAAGAAAGAAUCAAUAGUGAUAAGUGAUUAUCCUUCAACUAUAGAGAGCUGGAAUAAUGAUAGUGUGGAAGCUGAGAUGGAAAAAGUAUCAUCCAUUGUUAAAGGAUUAAGGUCGAAGAGAGCAUUGUUGCCUCCAAAGGAGAGAUUUGCAAGGCGAGAAGCAUUUGUGCUUUGCCGGACAAAUGAUAAUGUGGAGACGAUAAAAAGCUGCGAACUGGAGAUUUGCACUCUAGCCGCAUUGUCAUCUUUGAAGGUCUCAAGUGACAGUGAUGCAGCUCCAACUCAGUGGCUGACAGAAGUUGUGGAUGAGUCCAUCACAGUUUUUCUCGAGGAAAAAGGGACUACUAUUAACCCAAAGGAUGAAGUUGAAAGGCUCAAAAAGAAGAGAGAAGAGACGAGGAAGCAAUAUGAAAACUUAAACAAAGUCAUGAGUGCCUCUGGCUACAAAGAGAAAGUUCCGCCUAACGUCCAUGAAGACAAUACAUCGAAACUUGGUGUCCUCAAGCAAGAACUGGAAUCAUUCGAAGAGAAUAUUGAGCGUCUCAGACGUCAAAUUGAGGCACUAUAGUUGCAGUAUUUUCAGGUCCUGCGGAAAAUUACCAGUGACUCUAACCUCUCGAUUGUUUCACCCAUUUGGUCCCCUUUAGCAUUGCAGCUAAGUUUGUUAUUGUUGAAAUUUGUGAUACCGAUAGGGGGUCUUUAUAAUUAUCAGAAGCUUUUCUUCUGAAACACUUGAAUCUUUUAUUGAAUUUGGUCCAGAUGAAUUAUAUACUAAAGUUUCGUUGUGAAUCACAUUUUGCCUGUUACGUAUCA